AAAAUUCCAUGGAUUGAAAUGGAAAAAAAGGGAGUGGAGUGAGGUUAGUGUUUUUGGAGGAUUAAACAAUUGAAUAGAAAAUGAAAACUCGAACACGAGGAAGAAAACGGCUGAGGCAUAGAAUGAUUUCAAUGUUCCGUAUCCAUAUCUCCCAUAUAUAUCCGAACUCAAUCAACACUGACUUUAGCACCUCCACGCGCCCCACCACCUAAUAUACGUACAUCGUAUUCACACAGCGACAAAUCACACCACCCCUUCCAUUUCACUCCUACUCUCUCCUUUUCUUCUUCUUCUCCUCCUUUCAUUUCUAGAUUAUUAUUCCCCUAGCAUAACUCUCUCGCAAACCUUAAAACCCACCAUGACCGCCCUAGCUCCCAUCAACGACCUCCCGGAGGCGAUACUCACCACCAUCAUCGCUCUCGUCUCCGACACCCGCACCCGCAACUCAGUCUCUCUCGUCUCCCGCAAAUUCCGCACUUUCGAGAGGGCCACGCGCGCCUCCCUCACCCUCCGCGGUAACGCGCGUGACCUCCACCUCAUCCCGACCUGCUUCUCCGCCGUCUCCGACCUCGACCUCUCCCUCCUCUCCCCCUGGGGCCACGCGCUCCUCUCCCCCUCCGCCUCCUCCAUCGACCCUGCCCUCCUCGCCCACCGCCUCCGCCUCGCCUUCCCCGCCGUCACCUCCCUCACCGUCUACUCCCGAUCCUCCUCCACCGUCGAGAUCGUCGCCACUCUCUGGCCGCGAAUGCGCCGCGUCAAGCUCGUCCGCUGGCACCAGCGGCCUCAACCGUCCCUACCCGGCGCCGACUUCGAUCAUCUCUUCCGGCAAUGCCAAGCGCUCUCCGAUUUAGACUUGUCGGAAUUCUACUACUGCACCGAGGACCUCCCGCCGGUUCUGGAGGCUCAUCCCAACGUGGCCCGAUCACUCACCAAGCUCAAUCUCCUCACGACGUCGUUUACAGAGGGCUUCAGAGCCGCCGAGAUCAGAUCCAUCACCGCCGCCUGUCCGAAGCUUCAACAGCUUUUAAUGGCGUGUAUGUUUGAUCCGAGAUACUUGGGGUUCGUCGGAGAGGAGGCUCUUUUAUCUAUCUCGACUAAUUGCCCGGAGCUCAGAGUCGUCCACCUCAUCGAUACGUCGUCGUUGGCCAACGCCCGCGGCGAUCCGAACGACGACGGUUUCACAAGUGAAGACGCUCAGAUUGGGCGGGCGGCGCUGGUGGACUUCUUCUCCGGGCUGCCUUUGCUGGAGGAGCUCGUGCUGGAUGUGUGCAAGAAUGUGAGGGACAGUGGGUUAGCUUUGGAGGUUCUUGCUUCCAAGUGUCCUAGACUGAGAGCUCUGAAGCUUGGGCAGUUCCAUGGGCUGUGCUCGGCGAUUGGGUCCCGGCUCGACGGCAUUGCUCUGUGUCAUGGGCUGCAGUCGCUGUCGAUUAAGAACUGUGGGGAUUUGACGGAUAUGGGGCUGAUUGAAAUUGCGAGAGGAUGUUGUAAGCUUGCCAAGUUUGAGGUUUUUGGGUGCAAGAAGAUUACAGUGCAGGGGCUGAGGACGCUGGCUUGUUUGUUGAGGAAGACUUUAGUGGAUGUGAGCAUAACUUGCUGUAAGAACGUGGAUGCUGCUGCCUCGGUGUGUGCCUUGGAGCCGAUUCGCGAUCGGAUUCAACGUCUUCACAUAGACUGUGUCUGGCAGCGGGAGCAUCCGCACGAUUUUGAUCUCAAUCUAGUCAACAAUUUUGAUGCGGGUGAUGAUGGUGGUGGUGUGCUGGGUCGGAAUGGUAAUGAUUACAUGGACCUGAAUUGGAGUGAUGAGUACGAGCACAGGAGCAGCAAAAGGUGCAAGUAUGGAUCAGAUGGGGACUGUUCCUAUGUGCCAACUAAUGGCUAUGCGAGUGGGAAUGGAGAUGGCCAUGGUAAUGGAAAUGAGUUUUCGAGUGAUGAGACUUGGGAAAGGCUGCAAUACCUUUCCCUUUGGAUUGAGGUGGGUGACUUGCUGACAUCAUUGCCAGAGGUGGGUCUGGAUGAUUGUCCCAAUCUGGAGGAGGUUCAAAUCCGUGUCGAAGGUGAUUGCAGGGGAAGGCACAAGCCCGCACAGCGGGAAUUCGGGUUGAGCUGCCUAGCCCACUAUCCUCGGCUGUCAAAGAUGAAGCUGGAUUGCGGUGAUACUGUGGGGUUUGCACUGACUGCUCCACCAGGGCAGAUGGACUUGUCCCUUUGGGAGAGGUUCUUCCUCAGUGGAAUUGGGAACUUGAGUCUCAACGAACUAGAUUAUUGGCCACCUCAAGACCGCGAUAUGAACCAGAGGAGUCUUUGGCUUCCAGCUGCUGGAUUACUGGCAGAAUGCAUCACGCUCCGGAAGCUUUUCAUCCAUGGGACAGCGCACGAACAUUUCAUGAUGUUCCUUGUGAGGAACCCAAUCGUUAACUUCAGCUUAAGGGAUGUGCAACUGCGAGAGGAUUACUAUCCGGCCCCUGAAAAUGAAAUGAGUACAGAGAUGAGGGUGGACUCGUGCUGCCGGUUUGAAGAUGCACUCAACAGGCGGCCCAUCCUUGAUUGAAAGCAGGAAUGUAAGUCAAUAAUAUAAAUCAUAGGCGGUCAGGGUUUAUGCUAGAAAUUGGGAAAUGUCAGAGCUCAGACAUGUUCGCCUUCAUUUCUCGAUUUAUCUUUUCCGUUAUGCAAACAAAUAGAAUUUGAUUAUCCUUCUCAAUAUGA